UUUAAUGACAUCUAUCUUCCACUUCCAACCCCCAUGAAAGCUAUCUGUCACCAGCACGCACACUCUUCUUUCUCCGAACUUGCCUCUAGAGCUCUCUCCAUCACCCUCUCAAACCGACAAAGCCACAGGCCUAAAACUCGAACCAAAAAAGCAAGAGAAAGACUGGAGAAAGCAAAAGCUCUCCAACAAGCAAAACCAAACCAAAAAAGUUGAGCAAGCGAGAAGCAGCUUAUAGAGAGACAGAGACAUCCAUUUCUCUUCAUUCAUGGGCUGUUCUGCUUCAAGACCAAAUACCCUCCUCACAAAGAAUCACCAUCCUGAAGAGACCUUAUCUUAUGCUUCUCCUUCUAAAGAUAACUCCAUGUUUUCUCCACAGUAUUCUUCACCAACUGUCCCUAGAGCUCUCUCUCUUCAAACCCCGUUAGUCCACCACCCACCUUCAAGAAAAGGUGACUCUCAUCACCUGGUGUCUCUAACUUCCACCACUUAUGGCUCUCUUGUCCUCAUUGACCCCAACGUGAACACCCAAAAAUCCUUUGAUCAGCCACAACCACCAAGAAAAUCUACCAAAAAGACACAUAAAACACAAAAUAAUCAAGACCCUUGUGAGUCUCUAUCCCCUGACUCUGUCAUUAACACUUGGGAGCUCAUGGAUGGUCUUGACGAGAAUGAUGAGCUUGAAUUUGAAAUGAACAACUCUUUUAAGCCAAGAUCUUCACUUUCUGGUCAUUCUAUUGAGUUCGUCUCCAAAGUUAGUUCUUUUCAUCAUCCGGGUUCUGAUAAGUUUGUUAAAAAGCUGCAUGAUUCUUUUGACUCACUGAAGUUUGAAGAAAUAGUUGCUGAAAAGCCUGUUUCAUUGUCAAAGCCAUUAUGGAAGCAUUUGUCUGAGGAAUCAUUGCUUUCAAAGAUGGAUCCUAAUGUGGCUUCAAGUUAUAUGCGUGCAUUGUCAUCAAGGCAAUUGGGGUGUAACAAAGAGUCCAAGGAUGCAACACCAGUGAAUUCUAGUUCCAUGAGUGAUACUUUAUCAAGUAAAACGGGUCCCUUUUUGAAUGAUAAAGAUGGAAAAAUUGUUCUGUAUUUUACAAGUUUGAGAGGAAUCAGAAAGACUUAUGAGGAUUGUUGUGCAGUUAGAAUGAUAUUCAGAGGUUUCAGAGUUGCAGUUGAUGAAAGAGAUAUUUCAAUGGAUUCCACAUAUAGAAAGGAGCUGCAAAGUUUGCUUAAAGGGAAAGCAAUGAUCUUGCCACAAGUUUUUGUUAGAGGAAAUCAUAUUGGCGGUGUGGAGGAAAUCAGGCAGCUAAAUGAAGCUGGUGAAUUGGCAAAGCUGUUCGAAGGUUUUCCUGUUCAAGAUCCAAGGUUGGUUUGCGAGGGUUGUGGGGACGCAAGGUUUGUGCCAUGUCCAAAUUGUAAUGGAAGUAGAAAAGUGUUUGAUGAAGAAGAAGAGCAACUGAGAAGGUGCGCAGAUUGCAAUGAGAAUGGCUUGAUUCGUUGCCCUGGUUGCUGCUCAUAGACGAUGCUUGUAAUUAAUGCUUUCUUUUUGUGCUUGCCUACAACGUUGCAACUUCAUCUUACUAUUGUGAUUACUAAUGCCAUUGGAAAUUAUUUAUCUUCAUGAUCUUUAUAUUUUCUUGCCAUAUUUGCUAAGCUGUUGGCUAUAAUUCCUCCUCAUCUCUUUAAUGAGGAUGCAAUAAGAAUCAACAUUUUUUGUGCU